GUGACUCACAGCAGUCUCUCCUGAAAAUCAUGGGCUCAGAAUACCUCUCUCUCUCUCUAUUGGCUAUCUUUGCAUUUAUCAGUACUGCUGAUUUUCAUGCUGUUAUUCGUUCAAGCAAUGGGCUUCGUGAGUGCCGCAAAAACCUUAGUGCACCAGCACUCGAGGUUCUCCCUGGUGGAGGCUGGGACAACCUGCGCAAUUUGGAUAUGGGUCGAGUGAUGAACCUAAGCUAUUCACAAUGCCAGACCACAGAGGAUGGCAUCUACCUCAUUCCAGACGAGACAUUUGUCAUUCCGCAGAAGGUGAGCUCAGUAGAGAUGAACUCUGAGAUCAUCAGCUCAUGGCUUGAACAGAAAAGCUCCACUUCGAGGUCAAUCAAUGUUGAGGCUUCCUUCGACAAAUUGGUGAAUGGCAAGUUCUCUGGUGAGAGCAAACGCAUGAAAACCCAUCAAGUGAAGGAUAAUUCAGUCACAGCUCGGGUACAGGUGCGUAACCAUCUGUACACAGUAAAGGCAUAUCCUGAUUUCACUCUGGAUGCACGUUUUGCCCGACAGGCUGAGGAAAUUGCAGAUGCCAUUGAGAACAACCAAACUCGCCUGGCAGCCUAUCUGUCUGAAAAGAUGGUGCUUGAUUUUGGUACACAUGUUAUCACAAGUGUGGAUGCUGGUGCUACUUUGGUAGAGGAGGACUAUUUAAAAUCAUCUUAUGUUUCUGAUGCACAGUCCUCUCAGUCGUCUGUCACAGCAUCUGCUGGUGCCAACUUUUUUAACAAAGUUAAAUUUGAUAUUGGCAGUAAGGAGUCACAAGAAACAUCUGAAACUAAAGCCUACCAGGGUAAUAUUACAUACUCCAUAACAAUGAGUCAUGGGGGGGCUUUGUUUUAUCCUGGCAUUACUCUACAAAAAUGGCAGGAGAGCACUUUAAACAAUUUAAUUGCUAUUGACCGUAGUGGAUUACCACUAAAUUUUUUUCUCAACCCAUCAACAUUUCCAGACCUCCCACUUCCGACUGUAAAUAAACUAGCUCUGUAUGUGCGUAAGGCAAUAGAUCGUUACUACAAAAUUAAUACCUAUCCUGGGUGUGUUAAACCAGACUCCAAAAAUUUCAACUUCCAAGCAAAUGUGGAUGAUGCAUCCUGUGAAGGUCCAAGCACCAACCUUAGCUUUGGUGGUGUUUACCAACAGUGUACUCCACUUACACCGGAUGGAGAUGCAAUCUGCCAGGAACUCGCUGUGAAAAACCCAGCCACUGGCUCGUAUAGCUGUCAACAGCCAUACAUCACUACACUACUGCGCUCUGAAGUGCAGGAAAGACCAUAUAAUAAUUAUGAGUGCCACCAGCAAUGUCAUUCAUGCUGGUUGUUUUUCCAUUGCUGUAAAGCUGUAUGCGGAAAUGUGUAUUAUGUUCGACGUGCAAAGGUCGAAACUUAUUGGUGUUCUACUAAUGAUAAAGCUCCAGAAUUCUCUGGAUAUCUCUUUGGUGGUCUAUUUGGCCCUUCUUUACAAAAUCCAUUAACCAAAUCCAAAUCCUGUCCUUCAAAUUUCUUUGCCCUAAACUUUUUAUCCAGUGGUAUUAUGAUCUGUCUAAGCAAUGACUAUGAGGCAGCAACAAGAUUCUCUGUGCCUUUUGGAGGUUUCUUUAGCUGCCAGUCUACCAAUGUGCUUGCAGGAGGACAAUCACACUGCCCACCACAGUUUAGCCAACAUCUCGUUGCCAUAAGCGAUGGAUGUCAGGUACUGUACUGCGUUCAGUCAGGCAUUUUCACUGGAGGUGAGUUACUUCCCAUCCACCUCCCACCCUUUACAAGACCUCCAGUGAUCAGUAUGAUAGUCACAAACACUGUAGCUGUGAUGACUGAAGGAGACCAAGCCUGGGUGAGAAUCAAAGACACAAAGAUGUGGAAGGUGGCCAAGCCUGAGGACAUUGCAAAAAUGUCCCAAAUGUUUGAGGAUGACUCUCAGUCACAAAGAAAAACGGUUGGCAUUGCAUUUGGUGCUCUAGCCUUGAUUGCUCUUGUGGUGGCAGUAGCAGUGUUAGUGGUGAGAAAGAGGAAGAAGUUUCUUCUUUUCAGAAGAAGUCGAGGCUAUGAGGAGAUUCAAAGUGACGGACUGUGUGAGACUACUGUAGAAAGCCAGACAGAGCAACAGUCUGAGAAUCUGACUGAUGAUCAUACUCAGAGUCUCUUGGCAUAGUGUUUCUGUUCCUGUGCAAUAAAUACUUAUAAAAUGGUGUACAGCAGUAAUGGAACAUUAUCUAAUGACUAUAACCUAACUGCUUUUUUCUAUAUUAAGCAAGUUAUUUUGUUAUUGUACUUUUACAUAUAAUAUAUUUACACACAAAAUCAGAUAAUGAAAUCAGAACACUGAACUAUUGUAACAUGUUUUUUUAAAACAUUUAAUCUGAUUUAUAGUGAUUGUGUACCUUUAUCAUCUACAGAAAUUAUGAUGUAUCUUGAUCCUUAAAUUAAGAACAU